GUGUAGCCAAAAGUAAACAACUUUAAUAUAUAAUUUCUUAAAAAAAUUAAAAUAAAUGGUUUUUAAUAGUGAAAUGGCAAUGGAAACAGAAGAUAGACGACCGAAAGUGACAAUGGAAGAGUAUAAAAUAAAAGAGAAUCCAAAUGAUUACGGAUUUUCUGAUGAAACGUUCGAUAGAGAAAAGUUUAAAAAGAAUCUUCAGAUUAUUCCGGUCAAAAGAGUAGAUUAUGAGCUAGAAUUCGACAUUAUUGGCUUGACUCCAGCUAUUGCUAAUGCAUUUCGAAGGGUUAUGAUUAGUGAGGUUCCAACGAUGGCUAUUGAGAAGGUUCACAUUUAUAACAAUACAUCAAUCAUUCAGGACGAAGUUUUAGCUCAUAGAAUUGGCUUAAUUCCAUUAAAAGCUGAUCCUAGGCUUUUUGAAUACAAAUUGGACGAAAAGGAUGAAGAAGGUAAUGAAUUGGAUACUCUUGAGUAUCGUUUGGACAUUAAAUGCUCAUGGAAGAAUAAAGACGUUAAAGAUCCAAGGAAUAUUGAUGCAAUGUACAAAAAUCAUAAUGUCUAUACUGAACACAUAAAAUGGGUUCCUAGAGGCAAGCAAGGAACUUUAUUCAAUGAGUCACAAGUCGGUCCAUGUGACGAUAAAAUACUUAUUUCCAAAAUGAGACCAGGUCACGAACUUAAUUUAAAAUUAUUGGCAAUUAAAGGAAUCGGAAAAGAUCAUGCAAAAUUCAGUCCUGUUUCUUUAGCAUCCUAUAAGCUUCUUCCAGAAAUCAAACUGCUCAAGCAAAUUACAGGAAAAGAUGCUUACACACUUCAAAAAUGCUUUUCUCCAGGAGUCAUUGAGAUUGAUAAAGGUGGAUGUGCUUAUGUUAAGGAUGCACGGUAUGAUAAUUGCAGUAGAAAUGUUUACAGACAUCCAGAGAUAGCAAAAUUCGUUGAAUUAACGAGAAUUCGAAAUCAUUUCGUCUUUAAUGUUGAAUCUUUAGGUGCUUACAAGCCAGAAGAUAUAUUUGUUGAAGCUGUCAAGAUCCUUAAAAAGAAAUGUGUGGAAUUAUUAAAAGAAUUAGAUUUUGAUGGAAAGUAAAUCCAAUAAAAAAUUAUUAACGGUCA